AUGAAUAGUUUCUUGAAACUAGCACGUAACGAGUCGGAAAGUCACCAGUUCAAGCUCGGAUGGCAUGUGCUCAAAAAUAGAGAUCCUCGCAGUCUCGCUCUCUCGACCGUGGAAAGGGACGCAGCUGAGAUGUCUUUCUUUUCCAAGCCUCCAUGGAGCAGCUUCGACGAUCAAAGCUGUCUGGGAAUUGAUAAAUUACGUUUACGCCUUAGUCGGGUACUUCACGAACGUAUUGCUUCAAGUUUACCAGACAUUAUUGAAGAAAUCCGUACUGAGACCGCUAAGUCGGAGGCAGAGCUACAAAAAUUAGGAACAGACAGGUCUUCUAGAAAAUCGAAAGAGACGUACCUUGUUGGAGUUGCACAGCAUUUUCAGAUGCUUGCCCAAUCGGCGGUCGACGGUACAUGGAGUGAUCAUUUUGAUCCAUUCUUUCAGAAUCCUUACGGGGAAGACGGAUAUCGUAAGCGAUUGAGGGCGGUGGUUCAAAACCUCAACGAUCAAUUCAGUGACCUUAUGUAUUCGCGGGGACGUCGAUGGAUUUUGGCUGCGGAAGGUGAAGUUACAGGAAGACCAUUUGCUAUGAACUCUUCUGUCAACACUUCCCCUAACAAGACCAACCAAACGCCGUUUAAUGUUUAUCCCGGCAUUGAUCAAUUUGCGGCUAGUGAGAAAAUCACGAGAGAAGAGUUCAUGCUCAAAAUCGAGCACCUGUCAAGUGCCACAAGAGGUCGUGAACUCAGUGGCGCUUUCAACCAUAACACGAUUGGCGAGCUCUUUCGAGAGCAGUCGCAAAGAUGGACAAAACUUGCAGAACAUCAUGUCGAGACCGUGUGGAAUGCUGUCAAAUUCUUUCUUGAGGCAGCUUUUGAAGCUUUGGCUGAUCCCAGAACUCUCAACGCGAUAAUGAUUGACAUUGUCGACCCGAUGAUGGCCGAUAAAAGGAUCCAGGCCAGGAAAAAGCUAGAGGAGAUACUGGUGCCCCACACCAAACUUCAUCCUAUUUCAUACAACAGCAAGUUACUCAAAAGUGUGCAUGACGCAAAGUUUAAACGGGAGCUCGAAAGAAUCCAACAGGAAGCCUCUUUGCUCAUCCAAGCUUCGAAAAGUAGAAAUCUUUCCGAAGAAGACUUAGAGAGUAUAGUCCAAGACUCCGCGAAUUAUACGCAAGAUGAUUUGGGCGAUAAGUUUGGCUCUUCUGAUAUUUUGGAUUACACGAAUGCGUAUUACGAGAUAAGCCUAAACACAUUUGUCGAUAACGUGGCAACUCUAGUUAUUGAGAGCUGUUUGAUAAGUAACCUCAGUGACGUGUUUCCCGCUGCCAAAAUACCAUUGAUGGAUGACGAAUUAUUGGAUCGUCUAGCAUCUGACUCGGAUGAAAUCAUUACCCAGCGUAGAAAGCUGGAGGCGAAGCUUACCUGUUUUCGAGAUUCUCUGAAGAUAUGUCAGAAGAAUUUGAUACAUAUACCUCGCGACCUAAGGCGCUCAGGAGGAACACAAAACAAACCUAAAACGCCCAACCCAGCAAGUGAAAGCAAACCGACCUCAAACAGCGUCCCGGUAAUCAAUUCUCCAAACACAACAUUGGGAUCAACCGGAGCGAAAAAAAGAACUCAUCCUCCAAAGUCCGUCCCAGAUAAGUUCCCCGGCUUCAACACCGUAACACCACCACCUCCUUUCUCCUUUGCGUCGCCCAACAAAGAAUCCGAUCAUCCCAAAAAUGAUACCUGGGCAGGUAGUGGCCUAUUUUCCAACCUACCGCAAACUUCGAAAUCGCCGGGAGGAAAAGAAAAUGGUCAAAAUCCAACCCCCGGUACUCUCUUUCGCGGUAUAAAUUUAGCCAGCAGCCCCUCACCUCAAAAACCAGCCGGAUUCGGCGGUUUUGGGGCCUUUGCGUCAUCUGGUAGUGAUGCAAAUGGGACGUCAAAGAGCUCUGUAGAUUGGUCGAAAGUGGGAUCAGCGAAGGUUGGAAAGCCGUUUAGUUUUAACGACUUGCCUAAGACGACAGAUAGCUAG